CCGUCUGACAAAAAGCCCAUAUGAUCCCCGAGCUCCAAUCACCAAUUCCUUCUGCAAAAGCAGCCUCUGCAUUUUUGUCUGUCUGAAUGCUACAGCAGCACGGGGGGGAAAAAGAUUGAGGAUAAGGCAAAAACUGAGGAAAUGUGACAAUUCAACGGUCAUUUUCAUGGCGAAGGGAGAACUGGUGCGAGAGGAGUUAUUCUGGGACUCCUUCGAGCCUCGAAACGCUGGAUCAAAAUGCUCAUAGUGGAGAAGACCACAGACUUUCCCUCUGCUGAGUUCUCUCUGGUGGAGGAUGUGGCUCUGCACUUCACUUGUUUGAUGGACAGGCUGAAUGAGCAGCGCCUCUUCCAGCCUGACCUGUGCGACGUCGACAUCGUACUGGUGCGUCAGCACAGCACCUUCCCGGCCCACAAGGGUGUGCUGGCAGCCUACAGUCCUUUCUUCCACUCUCUUUUCGCCCAAAGCAAACAGCUGCGGCGGGUGGACCUUUCGCUGGAUGCUUUGACCUCACAGGGCCUGCAGCAAAUCCUCAACUUCAUUUACACCUCUAAACUUCUGGUCAGCAGCCAGACGGUCCGCGACGUGCUCAACGCCGCUACCCUGCUUCAGAUGAGCGACAUCGCAGCUUCCUGUCGCGACCUCAUCAGCAGCCACUCGCUGAGAACCACCUGUGCAGAUAUGGCCAAUCAGGAAGGUCUUGGUGGUGUUGACCCAGCUGCUGUAGUGAUGCCACCCAGUCAGCUUUACCCAGAGAUCAAACAGGAGUCAGAGCUGGGGAGGGUGUACAAGAGGGAAGGCAGCAGCCCAUUCUCUGUUAGAGUGGAGGAGACAGGGAAGGUAGCCUCCCAGCAGAAGCAGUAUUACCAGAAGGAGGAUGGGCCAGCAGGGGGGGCUACCACAGGAGUGGCUGCUUUGUGCAAAGUUGAGAGCAAUGGAGAAGAGUCAAAGACCACUGAUGGCCACGCCUCCUUCAACAGAAACCAGAUCAUUGUUGAAGUCAACCUCAACAACCAGACCCUCAACGUGUCAAAGGGAUCAGAGGGCAAAUCGGCAACCACCACAGAGCCAACCACCAUUUUUGGUCGUUGCCAUGACAAUGAGAGAGACUCGGAAGACGAAGAGGAGAAUGAGGCGGAGAAUGACGACACAGUUGCAGAUGAAGAUGACGAUGACCUGAGGAGGGGGGACAUACUGGGGCAGAGCAGUGAGGAGGAAGAUGAUGAGGAAGACGAGGAAGAGGAGGAGAACACCCUUAACAUUCCAGGCUUGGAGCAGCCAGCAGUAAUGGAUCGACCUCGCAGGGGCACCAGAGCCUUUGCCAUAGCAGGUACGACUGCAUCCAUGCGGCAGACGCUCACAGAGGCCACGCUGGCCAACCAGCGGGAGGGCGGGAAGAGGACGCUGGACUCAGAGGGCCUAGGCCAGAAAGUGAGGCUGGAGGAGAAGCAACAUUUCCCAUGUAAGAAAUGCCCCCGCGUCUUCAACAACCGCUGGUACCUGGAAAAACACAUGAACGUCACUCACAACCGCAUGCAGAUCUGCAAUAACUGUGGGAAACGCUUCCUGCUGGAGAGCGAGCUGCUGCUGCACCAGCAGACCGACUGUGAGAAGAGCAUCCAGUGUGUAACAUGUGGCAAGGCCUUCAAAAAGCUGUGGUCGUUACACGAGCAUAACAAGAUCGUCCAUGGCUACGCUGAGAAAAAGUUCUCCUGUGAGAUCUGUGAGAAGAAGUUUUACACCAUGGCACACGUCAGGAAGCACAUGGUCGCCCACACGAAGGACAUGCCUUUCACCUGUGAGACAUGCGGGAAGUCGUUCAAGCGCAGCAUGUCCCUGAAGGUUCACUCUCUGCAGCACUCAGGAGAGAAACCCUUCAAGUGUGAGAACUGUAGUGAGCGCUUCCAGUAUAAAUACCAGCUGCGUUCCCACAUGAGCAUCCACAUCGGACACAAGCAGUUCAUGUGCCAGUGGUGUGGAAAGGACUUCAACAUGAAACAGUACUUUGACGAACACAUGAAAACACACACUGGAGAGAAGCCGUACAUCUGUGAGAUCUGUGGGAAGAGUUUCACGAGCCGGCCAAACAUGAAGCGCCACCGCCGCACCCACACUGGGGAGAAGCCGUACCCCUGCGAGGUGUGUGGCCAGCGCUUCCGCUUCUCCAACAUGCUCAAAGCCCACAGGGAGAAGUGCUUCCGUGUCAGCAACCCCAUCAGUCUCGACCAGCCUCUGGCCUCGCCCGCUGUGGACUCUUCCGGUCAAGUGCAGCCGGUGGCGGCACUCCCCGCCACGUCUGUGACCACACCCGCUGCUGCCUCUAGCCCACACCCCCUCCAUGGAACCCAGCUGUCUCUCCCCCUGCUGCACCCUCCCCUGGGGGGACUGCCUCCCACCCCUCACUUACCCCCGCUGCCUCCCCUGUUCUCUGCCGGUAGGAUGAACUCCAACAACUAACAAUUCUCUGUAGCAUUCAACUUUUUUUUGUUUUGUUUUGUUUUUCUUAGAGCUUUUAAGAUGACUUAAAAUGCAGCAGGAGAGUGAUGCUCCUCAGUGACAUUCACACUGAGGGGUAAAAACUGACUGAAGGCUGCAUGGAGGCCUCCUAAAAAACACACACACAUACACCUACCACAAUAAGAAAUACUUAUUUUUUACUCUGCUAAAUACAAUAGAUAACCUCAGUGUCCAGUAGGACGUGUUGUCACUACGCUUCUCCUCAUGAAUUUCAACAACUCUGUUCUGGUUCCAUUUGGGACUUUCCACUACCACACACUACUUUCCAGAGCCUUGCACAAUGCAUUGAUUGUAGCAUCUUUUACAAAGUGGGAAGAAGAGUUUCCAAAAUCUUUACUCAUUUGGGGGGGUCAUCAGUCAAGUGAGAACCACACUAUGACGAGCGAAAAUUAUUUUUGGCUGUUCUCUGCCAAGAUGUAGCGAGUGGUUUUGGUCUGACCCAGCAAUAACCAAAUGCUGAUUUGUCUUCGAGCAUAUACAUGUAUGGCAUUGCCAGUAACCAAAUCCUGUUAGCUCAACCGCUAUAGUUAGAAAAUGUUAUACAGCAUUUAUAAUCGAUCCUGCACCUUACAUUUAACUCUAGUGAUAUUUAAAAUGUACUCCUCUAAUUGUCUUCAUUUUUAUAAUUGUGGUUAGUGUAUAAUUCGUGGCACGUUACGUCAAUUUGUCAGGAUGUAAGAGAAGUUGUGACAUGUGGAGAGUCAGCCAUGCAAUGCAGUGUGUGUUGUCUGUGACUCUGAGUGUCUGUGUGUGUGUGUGUAUGUGUGUGUGUGUGUGUGUGUGCUCGUGAUAUGAAGCAGAGACGAGAGAUCUUCAGAUUUGCGUUCAGCUAAUCAACGCUUGAGCUUCCCCGAGUCAGGAGAUAAAGUAAUAUGUUGACUCUCAUCUGUUGCUUACAUUAAGCAAGGGCGCUCCUCCUUGUAGAUCUGGCUUUGAGACAAUAUCGCACUUUUCUGUGACUUAUUAGUAAAACCUAAUGUACUCAGGCCUACAGUAUAUUUGUAGGUUACAAAUCUAACGUUAAUGUUAACUUACAGCUCAUGUCCCAACUAGGUCCAAUCUAUAUAAUUAGUUGCCAAGAAUGUAGGGACUAUGAUAUUCACAAAAAACCUGCUUUUAUAGCUAAGUGUGCACAUUUCAUUAUGAUGUAUAUUGUGAAAUGUUAAACAUUAUAUUCCCAAUGCCUAGAUCUCUCAAAGAGAACUGACAGCGAUUACUCUUGGCACAACAGAGCAAAUCAUUAAAAGGGCUCCUUAAGAUUACAUCACUGGCAGUUUCUUUUAAUGGUGAUUUUAGAAGCUGAUCAAAGUUAGAGACAUGCAGUAUGUAAUACGGCUCAAAAAUGUGGUCCUGUGUUCACCUUUCACAGCUGUUUGUCGUAAACCUACUGGAGUAGAAGUAAAAGAAUAUAAUCAAAUCUUUGUGAGUUUAAAGGAGCAGCUUGACAUUUUGGGAAAUACGCUUAUCUGUGUUAAUGUACUUUCUUGUCCAGAGUAGAAUGUGAAGAAGGACCCCACUCUCAUGUCAGUAACUUAAAUAUGAAGCUGCAGCCAGUGCUGCCAAUUAAAGUAGAUAGCACUAGCCCCAAAAGUCACUAAAAGUCCUCAGAUGACCUCAUACACUCAUGUGCACAUUGAUGUAGUUGUGUCAGCAGAAGUGACGGAGAGAUCGCAAAGAGCUAUAUAAAAGGUAGACAGACAAAUAUUUUGCAAAAUAAUCACCGACUCACUACAGGGAUAUUGUGUAUUUGAAGAAAAAAAAAAACAGAAAAAAAAUCUAUGAAAGGAGGGAGAAGAUCAAACUAAUAAUUUAUAUGUUUACAAGCUAUAUAAUCUAUGUAUGGUAUUUCUAUAUUCUAUGUGAGAGUGACAUAACCAUAGAAAUUUGCAAUAACUGCAGCAGUAUGAAUUACAAUAUAAUAUAGGUUAUUUCAAGAUGUAAAAGGCCCCUUCUCUGAUGGCUUACUUCCCAAAAUGUGAAAGUAUUCCUUUAAAUCUGACAUUUCAAUCAGUAAAUUAUCCAAAAAUAGUCUCUGUGCACUAUUGAUGCACUCCCACUCACUUUAUCUAUAGAUAGCCUACUUGUAGUGUAGCAUUAACUUGUAAAUAUUGUUAAGAUGUGUUUCUUCCUUGUGAUUAAUUCCUCAUGUUUACAUAUGGAGAGUCAGUUGAAUGUGCCCCCACAUGUGUCUUGGCUGGUACUACCAAUAAGCUUUUGUAAAUGUAAUAAGCUGUUCAUUGUUUAAUUUAAAAGUAAAAUUUAAGCACCUUAGUGUUGUCCUAUGUCUUCGCUUACCCCACAUGUAUUCCUUAAACUGCCAUGGUUAAAUGGUUAGGGCCACAUCAGAUGUUAUUUGAUAAUGGUACUUCUUUUUUUAUGCGUCUAACAUGUUUUGUACUUUGAUUUGCUGCUUUUGUACGGGUUCCAGUGUGAGACUGCCCUUAAAAUGAAAAGUCUAGAGCUGUUAAAUAUUUGAAUUUCUUCUGGCUGUGAUAAAUCCAAUUUAGCCUUACUGGACCAAUCAGCUCCAGGGUCAGAAAUGAGCUAAAAUUUAGACAUUUGGAGAUGUUUGAUGAGGUAACUGCCAACCUUUUAUACCCAUGUAAGGUUUGAUCUGGUCGCUGGUGCUUCUGAUUGUGGGCAGGGAGGACUAAAGGCAUCCUGUUAUGUCACACAGACUAAGGACUGAUGCUGUCUUUUGGCGUCUUAGUAAAUUGCACUCUGUUAGUAAUCCUCCCUUAAGAGUACAUUAUAAAUGUACUUAUCAAGUGUUCUCCCACUUCACUGUUUUGAGAAGCACUAGUUGAAGAGACAAUACUGAGAUACUGUGGUUAUAGUUUGUGUAAUCGCCUUAUACAUAAAGGGAUUUGAAUGUUUGUCUUAUGGAUGACGGUAGUAGCUGAUGGUAAAGGAAGUGGGAUAGUAGUUAAUACUACUGAUUUAUGCACUUUGAAUUUGAUUGCCACACUAGCCCGUAAUGGGGAAUUAUGUAUGCAGUUGAAAAAUAAAAUAGCUAGCAGAGAUGUGUACUGAAAAACUUGAGUCUAAAUCCCAAGGUAUACAUUUCACAUUUACAUUAAAAGUAAUGAGUGGAUGUUGAUGCUCAUAAAUAAUGAACAAAACCUCUAAAUUUGUUUUUUUUGUGUUAUUUGUUCAAAAUUGACCAGUCUAUGGUUCUUAAUUUAUGUCCUUCCAAACUAGUGUAGUAUUAAUCAAUUAUUGUUAAUGAUAUAUCAGACAAACUGUCAUAUUCAUCAUGUUGGAGGGGAAUGACAUGGGGCAGAUAAUCUAACAGUUUUGUAAAAAAUUGUCAGCAUCAUUGGUAGGCCUAAAUGGUAAAAAAUAA